AUGCCUCUUCUCAUCCCACACAGGCACCUUCCUCUCCAUAGUUCCACCUUCUUCUGGAGAAAUGUAGCACUCCUGCUGCUUCUCUCUCUCUCUAUGGAGGAGAGCACUUCAUCGCCAAUCAAGAGAGUCAAACAGAAACCAGGAGUGUGCCCCCGAGAGAGGGUCAUCUGUGAGACUGAAGUUCCAGACUUCUGCACAACUGAUUUGCAGUGCCUAAAACACAUGAAGUGCUGCUCAUUCGGGUGUGGGAAAAAGUGCAUGGAUCCACUCCAAGAACCCUGCAUGCUACCCUUUGACGAAGGACAGUGUAACACUAGUAUCUUACGCUGGUAUUUUGACUUUAAACAUCAGUCCUGCCAACCCUUUAUCUAUGGAGGCUGCCAUGGGAAUGCCAACAACUUCAUCAGCAUCGCAAACUGCAAAAUGGCUUGCUCAUCAGCUGUCAAGAAUGGACAGUGCCCACUCUUCCCUUUCAAGGACCGUAUGGUGUGUCCAGCUUCGUGUAAGAGUGACUCCGAUUGCCCCAAAACUGACAAAUGUUGUGAAUCCAUGUGUGGCUUUGUUUGUGCCAAGGCUUGGACAGUCAAAUCAGGUUUCUGCCCACGCAAGCCCAUGGUGUGUUCCAAGAUUGAUAGACCCAAGUGCCUGAAGGAUCAUGACUGCCCAGUGUCACAGAAGUGCUGUUCACAUUGUGGACUGAAGUGCCUGGAACCUCAAAAAUGA